GUGAAUGUGUUCCUCAGGAGACUGGAACUGCUCCUCAGAGGGCACGGAGAGCAGUCCUGCCCCCCGAGGAAGGCUCUGCCGCGGGGCCCCUGCCCACCUACCUCGGCAAUAAGGAAGACUCGUGCCGGCUGAGCCAGGACCCGGGGCCCUGCAGUGGGAUGCUCUCCCGCUUCUUCUACAACUCCUCCUCCAUGGCCUGUGAAACCUUCCUCUACGGGGGCUGUCUGGGCAACGGCAACAACUUCUACUCUGAGAAGGAGUGCCUGCAGGCGUGCCGGACCGAGGCUGCCUGCAGGCUGCCCAUCGUGCCAGGGCCGUGCCAGGUACCGGUGACACGUUGGGCCUUUGACGCUGCUCAGGGCAAGUGCAUCACCUUCAGCUAUGGAGGCUGCAAGGGCAACGGGAACCAGUUCUACUCGGAGAAGGAGUGCAAGGAGUAUUGUGGGGCUCCUCCACUGGCAGAGGAUGAGGAGUUUCUGCGUCUGUCAAACUAA